AUGAGUUUUCUUUUGCCUGUCAAGGCCCUGGCAAGCCUAUCAGGAAGCCUAUCCCGGCCAUGCUCACAAUGGGCGACCGUCGGCUGCCUCCGACAGCCAGGAGUCGCAUGUCGUCCCUGGCGCGUUCUGCGAAACCAAACAUUUGCCACUGCGAGUGUUGGAAGCUAUGGCAGUCCUAUCCCCAAUGAAACCGCGCCAGACCGGUCGCAGCGAGUCCAUGAGCUGUCCGUCCAACUCUCGCAACGGCCCAUGAAUGGCAACGCCUCGAUGCAGUACUCGCGAUUCAGCGACAGCACCGACUCAAGCAUACGAGCCCAGGAGAGCGCAUCGAAGGUCCAGAGUCAAACGAAAUUAGCCAUCGCAGAGGAAUAUGGCCUGACCACUCGCGAUCUUCGCGUCUUCGAUCUCCCCUCCCCGGGAUUCCCCCACAUCCUGGUCAGGGAACACGCGAUUCUAGUCCACCUAUUUGAUCUACGUCUGCUGGUCGAGUGCGAUCAUGUCCUGGUUUUCAAUGUGGCCGAUAAACAUGCCGAGACUGGCGCCCCGAGACCAGACAGCGACAGCGACAGCGACAACGAUGGCAGUGGAAGUGGUACGGAUAGCAGUGUAUCGCAAGUCUUCAGCCACAACAUCGAGCGGAAGCUGCUAGACAGCAGUAAUGGACAUGUCCAGCCAUAUGAGCUGCGGGUUCUCGAAGCAGCGAUGGCCUCAGCGACAUCGGUCCUGGAAGCAGAGUACAGCCUCACUGCAGAGGAAGUCUCCCAAGUCCUCCGGAAGACGCACCAGGACGCGCCCUUCAUAUCCGACAAGGAGAAGGAAUACGAGUCGCUUAUCCACACCCUCCUGCGACUUUCUCGACAUUUGGCAACCAUUGACCAGUCUGCCCGGCAAGUCCGUACGCUGACCUCCGAAGUCCUGGCCGAGGACGAAGAUAUGGCAAACAUGUACCUCACCGACAAAGCUCGCGGGAAACCACAUCUCCCCUCUGACCAUCAGGAGGUCGAGUAUCUGUUCGAGGCCUACUUCAAAGCAUCCGACACUAUUGUGCAGGAGGCAAAACGGAUGAUGGGCAACAUCACGCGCACAGAAGAAACAAUCCGUGCUGCACUGAGUGUCCGCCGAAACCAGAUCAUGGUUCUCGAGGCCCGGAUUGAGAUCCUGAUGCUGGCACUGGCAGGUGGGACUCUGAUUGCAGGCUGGUAUGGCAUGAAUGUAGUCAAUGGAAGCGAGGAUAGCAGCACCGCGUUUGGGGUGAUUGUCGUGGGCAGUCUGCUGGGUGUUGGCCUCGUCACCUGGGGAGGGCUACGGCGGUUGAAGAGAAUUAGCAAGAUACGGGUUUAA